AUGACAUCCUUGAGAACUACGGAGCAUACAAAGACCGAUCAGGAGCUUGCCAUCAGCAUCAAAAAGGCGACCAACAGCGAUGAGAUCUCCCCAAAGCGCAAGCAUGUGCGAGCAUGCAUCGUGUAUACCUGGGACCACAGGUCUUCCCAGGCCUUUUGGUCAGGCAUCAAAGUACAACCCAUCCUUGCCGACGAGGUGCAGACGUUCAAGGCUCUCAUCACAAUUCACAAGGUUCUCCAAGAAGGACAUCCGUCUACGAUCAAAGAAGCCAUGGCCAACAGGAGCUGGAUUGAUGGCCUCAGCCGCGGAAUAUCCAGUGACGGCAUCCGUGGCUACGGUCCUCUGAUAAGCGAAUACGUGUAUUACCUCCUGGCCAAACUUUCCUUCCAUCAGCAGCAUCCCGAGUUCAACGGAACCUUUGAGUACGAAGAGUAUCUCAGUUUGAAAGCCAUCAAUGAUCCGAACGAAGGCUACGAAACAAUCACCGACCUCAUGGUGUUGCAGGACAAGAUCGAGAAGUUCGAGAAAUUAAUCUUUUCUCAUUUUCGUAGUGUUGGCAACAAUGAGUGUCGUAUUUCUGCUCUGGUGCCACUUGUGCAAGAGAGCUAUGGAAUCUACAAGUUUAUCACGAGCAUGCUCCGCGCCAUGCAUUCAAUCACGGGAGACGACGACGCUCUGCAACCGUUGCGCGAAAAAUAUGAUGCUCAGCAUUAUCGCCUGGUCAAGUUUUAUUAUGAAUGCUCUAACCUGCGAUAUCUCACGAGCCUGAUAACCAUUCCCAAGCUGCCACAGGACCCGCCAAACCUGCUGGCGGGUGAUGAUGAAGCCCCGGCACUGCCUGCAAGACCCAAGCAAGAGAUUCUGCGGCAGCCCAGCCCUCCUGCCGAACCAAAGUCGCAAGAACCCGACGAGAUCUCCGAGUUCUGGAAAAGCGAGUUGGAUCGUCAGAAUCGGGAAUAUGAGGAGCAGCAACGAGUUCUCGAGGAGAGGCAGCAGACGGCGCUGCUCGCUCAACAGCAAGCCCAGCAACAGGCCCGGAGAGAGUUUGAGGAACAGCAACGCCGCCUCGCAGAGCAGCAACAACGGGAGCAGGAGGCGCUGCUAGCGCAACAGGCACAAUGGCAAACCCAAGGCCGGCUGGCGGAGCUGGAACGGGAGAAUCUCAACGCGCGCGCCCAGUAUGAGCGCGAUCAACUGAUGCUGCAGCAGUACGAUCAGCGUGUCAAGGCUCUCGAGGGUGAACUGGCGCAUUUGCAAAAUAGCCUUGGCCAGCAAAUGACUAGCAAGGACGAUCAGGUCCGGGCUCUGCAGGAGCAGGUGAAUACCUGGAGAACAAAGUACGAGUCACUGGCGAAGCUCUACUCCCAACUCCGGCACGAACAUCUCGAUCUCCUGCAAAAGUUCAAGGCUGUGCAGCUCAAGGCCGCCAGUGCGCAGGAGGCAAUCGACAGGAGAGAAAAGCUGGAGCGCGAGAUCAAGACGAAGAACCUUGAGCUUGCCAACAUGAUCCGUGAACGAGACCGCGCCCUUCAUGACAAGGACCGGCUGAACGGCAGUAACAGGGACGAGGUCGAGAAGCUAAAGCGAGAGCUUCGAAUGGCGCAAGACAGGGCAGACAACCUGGAGCGUAGCAAAGGCAACGAGCUCUCGACAAUGCUGGCCAAGUAUAACCGCGAGAUGAGCGACCUGGAGGAAGCCCUCCGCAACAAGUCGAGAGCGCUGGAAGAGUCGCAGGAACGGAUGAGAGAUGGCAACUCUGAUCUUGAGCAGCUUCUGCGAGACAAGGAAGUAGAGCUGGAGGUGUACAAGGCUGGGAUGGACGAGGCCCUGGUCAAGCUGAACGACUUGGAGAAGAACCAAGGGGCAACCGACGAGGCACUGGACGGCCAGAUUGAUGCCUUGAUCAUGACUAACCUGGAGAAGAUCAACGCCAUCAUUGACUCUGUCUUGGAGGCGGGAGUAGUCAGAGUCGACGAUGCUCUCUACGAACUCGACUCGUCAAUGCAGGCUGGGAACCAGAAUGCCUCGCCGUCGUUUGUGCUGUCGCAGAUUGAAAAGGCCUCGGACAGCGCCACCGAGUUCGCGACGGCGUUCAACAGCUUCAUCGCUGACGGACCCAACAGCACCCACAAGGAGCUUAUCAAGGCCAUCAACGUCUUCGCCGGCGCCGUUGCCGACGUUUGCAGCAACACCAAGGGCCUCAGUCGACUCGCGACCGACGACAAGAAGACGGAUUCGUUGAUGACGGGGGCCAGACAGUCGGCGGAAUCCAGCAUUAAAUUCUUCCGCAACUUGCUAAGCAUCCGGCUGGAAGAGCUGGACACGGAUCAGAAAAUCGACGUCGUCAUCAACAGAAAUCACGACGUUCAGAUGCAUCUCCAGAAGCUGAACAAGCUGGUAGAGGCGUUUGCCCCCGGUUUCGGCAAACUCGCCAGCAAGAAGGGGGAUCUGGGUGUUUUGGUGGACUCGGAAUUGAACAAGGCGGCCGAUGCCAUUGCCGCAGCCGCUGCCCGCCUGGCCAAGCUCAGGAACAAGCCGAGGGAGGGAUACUCUACGUACGAACUCAAGGUGCACGACUGCAUCUUGGACGCAGCACUGGCCAUCACGGAUGCGAUAACCCGGCUCAUCAGGGCCGCUACCGUUGCGCAGCAGGAAAUCGUCCAGGCGGGCAGGGGGUCGUCGUCGCGCACAGCCUUCUAUAAAAAGAACAACCGGUGGACCGAAGGCCUCAUUUCUGCGGCAAAGGCGGUCGCUUCGUCCACAAACGUCCUCAUUGAAACCUCGGACGGCGUCUUAUCGGACCGCAACAGCCCGGAGCAACUCAUUGUGGCCUCGAACGAUGUGGCUGCUUCGACGGCCCAGCUGGUCGCUGCCAGCCGGGUCAAGGCUGGCUUCCGGUCCCAGAGCCAGGAGAAUCUGGAGCAGGCCAGCAAGGGAGUCGGGGCAGCAUGCAGAGCCUUGGUACGCCAGGUCCAGAGCAUGAUCCGCGACCGCAGCCAAGAGGACGAGCAAGAGGAUUACUCGAAGCUCGGGGCUCAUGAGUUCAAGGUGCGCGAGAUGGAACAGCAGGUCGAGAUUCUCAAACUGGAGAAUUCAUUGGUCGCGGCUCGACAUCGAUUGGGGGAGAUGCGCAAGAUCUCCUACCGGGAAGAGUAG